AUGUACACUAUUAAUGCAAUCCAUGAGCAUAAACCCCGUUCCCAAUUAAGUGCAAACAAAAAAGAAACUCUCCCUCGGGGAAUCGAACCCCGGUCUCCCGCGCUUAUCGGUAUUAAUGACAAGCGGAAAUCAUCACCACUAGACCAAGGAAGAUUGAAUGACCGAGUUACUGCUCGACCACUUGGCUGGUUGAUGGAGGAAGGAGCGAAUGUUUGA